CCUUCACGUAACUAUACUAUGGAUAUAGAUGCCUCAUUUUAUGAAAACGAUGAUUGGGAAUGUGAUAGCAUGGAUCAGAUGAAAAGGAAAAAAACAAACAAGGAUCACAAUGAAGAUGGUAGAAAAGGACUGAACAGUUUGAAUGGCGUGCCCAGAGGUAGAGGCCGUGGACAAGGGCUACGAUCGGUGCUCUCUCACAACACUAAUAUGAAUGGGGCACGGGCAGAAGAUUUCAGAAAAGGAUACCAGAACACUAUAAAUAGUUCUAAUGGAGCUCAAAAAGAACCAAUGCAUCAAAGGCAUGAAAAUAUCACAUCAGAUUCUGGUGAUUUCACCUCCCACACAGUUGUUCUAUGCUUUGGAGAAGCGGAAUACCGUGAAAAGAAUUUUAGUGAAGAUAGUUGUUUGCUGGAUAUUUUGGCGAUGUGUCAUAAGCUUGUUGAUAUCUAUUCUGUUGGGAUAAAAAUAACUGAUGGAAAUGGGAGGCCACUCAAAUGUGAUCAAGAUGUUGCCAAUAUGCUUAAGGAACAUCAGGGGUUGGAAAAUAUAAUCAUUAAUCUAUACAAGGAUGACACGAUUCAACCUUUAUCUUAUAAGUUGCCACAACAUAACACUGCGCUUACUAAUCAAUCAUUGAAUCAGUCUAAUGAUAUGCCAAAAGAAGCUCAUGUUGUGCAUAAUACAUCAUUGUCUAGUGAAAAGGCUAAAGGUUCAGUUGGCAAAAAUAAAACAAAGAAGGUAAGAGGAAUAAAUAAAUGUAAAGAAGUGGCCAAUUUGAAAAAGGGGGAGAAACUCAAAGUCAGAUUUUAUAACAAACGUGUUGCUGGAGAAAAUCAUAAAUCGUUUUCGAGGCAUUUAGGAAAAAUAAUUCGCAACCGUCAAAUUUGUCCAUUAACGGUGACCGAAUGGGCAAAUAUCGAUGAAGACAAGAAAGACCACAUGUGGGCUGCUGUAACGGAAGUAUUUGAGGGUUUUGAUCUUUUGGAUCGCCGAGAUGAUGUUCUUUCACACAUGCGGGAGUUAUGGAACAAAUGGAGAGGAUGGAUGCAUUUUAAAUAUGUGAAAAAGCGGACACCACUUGAAGCUUUGAAAAAGGUUCCUCCUGGUGUAACUAAGGAAGAUUGGGGAUGGCUAAUUAAAAAUUAUUAUUUUACUCCAGAAUAUAAGGCAAAAAGUGAGAGAGGUUCGAAAAAUAGAAGUCGUUUGACAAUGCUACAUCGUAUGGGUAGCAAGCCUAUCAGAGAGCUUAUUUUUCAAAUGGGAGGGAAAGAUGACAAUCCGCCGAAUAUGGAUGUUAUAUUUUAUGAAACCCGCAAGAAGAAGGGUCAACUUGUGGAACCGGAAACAAUUAAGAAAUAUGAAGAAAUACAUGAAGUGGUUCAAUCAAAUCCAUCUUUGCCACAUGUCGAUGUAAUUGAAAAGUGCUUUGGACCGCAACAACGUAGUCAUGUCAUUUGUUUUGGAGGUGGAGUGAGCCGCAAAGAUUUAAAGGGGCCUUCUUCUAAAAAGAGUGAACUUGAGGCUAGGUUGCAGGUAGCUGAAGAAGAAAAUCGGAGCAUGAAAGAAGAAAACCAGAGCAUGAAAAGUCGCCUAAGUACAUUAGAAGAUGAAUUCCAAAAGCUUAAAGAGAUGUUUCAAGGUCAAGGAAGCAAAGUUUAAGUAUUCCAAGAACUUCCUUUUGUCCCGUUUAAUGAAGUAUUCCAGGAG